UGUCUAUUGGACGUCGACAGUGGAGCCACGUCCGCUCCGCGCGGUUGACCAAAAUUUGGAUUAUUUCAAGCCAGGCAAGUUCCAACACGGUAUCUUCUUUCCGAGGAAAACUACAGGCGGUAUGUGCACGGCUAAGUGUCAGAAGGUCACGGAUAAAAUCUUGGUCAUAAACAGACAGCAACUACCUGUGGUGGGGGACACAGCUGAAUUAGUUUCAGUGUUUAAUCUUAUUUUACAAAGGUAAGACCCGUGUCUGAAUUAACUUGUAUUUAACCGUUUUGAAUUGUUGUUUGAAUUGAUCUGUUCCCAAUCUUUUAUACACUUUUUAAAGAUUUGGGUAAUUAAAGAAAAAAAUCAAACUAUUUAUUAGAUAAUGAUGUUUUUAUGUAAAAGAAAAAGGAUUUAUUUAAAACUAGUUUGCUUAGUAACUUUCAAGUAGGCGAUGCUGCGCAUAAGAAUGGCGACUAAAGCAUCAACCAGUUUAAAUUGACUGUUAUCAUCGGUAAUUUUGUUCUCUAAAAAUACUAUUUUUAACAAAACUAUCAACAUGAUGACAUAGUUUUUAAUCGGCUCUCAUAUUUUACAUAAAUUUCAGUGAUAGAUAUUCAAUAUAAUAAUUGUAUAUUCAAUGUGAGAAUAAAAAUGGCAUAGCAGUACUAUUCUAACAAUUCCAGCCACGGGUUUGUUUCUAGAGACCUUCAAUCAUACAACCAUUAACUUGUUUGCAAGUAUUCUAUAAAGCAAGAGGAGGUAUAUAUAUAUUAGAACUAAUUGUCCUUUUUAUGUAGUGAAUAUAUCAGUUUAUAAUGUUUUAAACUAUUGGACUUGAAAAUUUUAUUCACAUAUAUUGUUAAAGAAUUUUUUUUUAAAAAUAACUUGUAAAAGUGGGAAAAGGGGGGGGGGAAUUGACACUAAAAUAAUUUUUCUUUUCUUUUUUGUUUUUGUUUUGUUAAAUAGAGCGCUGCACGUCUUGAAAAAACUAUUUGGAAACGCUGAGUAAAAAAAAAUUCAUUAAGAACAACAAAGAAAUACGAACAAGUUACCAUGGAUCAUUUGGAUGCCAGCAGUAUUGUCAAAGAUGGGCAGUUAGGAAGUGCCUCGAGGAAUACGGGAAGGCAGUACGCAUUGACAAAGGAAUAUUCCGAUAAAAGAGAUAAGUCAAAGACUGCCCCUAUUGAAACACGAUCAACUUGUUCUAAAGAGAGAGUUGGUGAUACAUCGGAACUUAACGCAACCCAAGGGCAACAUAUUACAAAAUGUAGCGUUGAUAAAGACUGGUCUGGCGAAAAAGUUCACAGUAAGUUUGGUCGUCAAACGUCCCAUGAUUACAAUGGAGAUGCAAUUCAAGAACGAUCACACGUUUCUCAAACCUCCAGAGGGUCCGAUGAAUACGACUUUCAAAACAGUCCAUCAUUUUUUCAAGUAUCCGCAGAUUCCAUUGAAUGUGAUAUUCAAAAGCGAUCACAAAUUUUUCAAACAUCCCCAGUUUCAAAUAGAGAUGACAUUCAAAAGUCUUCACGAGUCUCUCAAAUUCCCGGUGUUUCCAAUGAAUAUGAUAUUCAAAAGGUAUCGCAAUUUUCCCAAAAAUUCACAGUCCCUACGAAAGAUGACUUUCAAAAGGGACAAUAUUUUUCUAAAAUGUCCAGAGAUUCCAAUGAAGAUGAUAUUCAAAGGCGACCACCGCCUCCACAAACAAUCGCAGUUUCCACUAAAGAUGACAUCGAAAAAAUACCCCGAAUUCCACAGACAUGCAAUUUUAUUGUGGGAGGAACUACAGAACACACCUUACAUGGAAAUCGUGUAGCUGAAACAUCAACGCCAGAAAAAUGCGAGACCGGCAACGAUGAGCUCAGUUGUGCAGCAAACAUUCAACAUCAAAAUGCAAACCACAUGGCGACGAGUUAUACAGACUCAGUCAAAUGUUAUCCAGACUUGUAUGAAAGCCCAAAAAUCCACAUUGAAUUUGAACAAGUCCUCUCAGACUUGAGACAGUUUGAUGCAUACAGCAAGUCAGUUCUUGAAAGCGCACGCUUCCGUUUAGAUGACAUCGUAGAACGCUUGCAAAACAGUGGACAAGAAAAUCAAUUAUUGGCGGAUGUCAGCAAUAUGAGUACAGAGGUUUACACAAGAUUGGAAGCGCUACAAAAAUAUUUGUCACCAAAGAGUAAAGGCCAAUUUUCCGCGAAGACAGAAGACACGUCUGAACCGAAGGCGACUUUUGUCGAAGAGAAAAUGGUUUGUCAUUUUGUUUCACAAGAAAUUAAAAGAAAAAAAUUAUCUGCAAAAAUUCUAAACAUGAUUUAAAUUAUUGAGCUGACUUUUUUAUCAUUUAAAAACAAAAUCACAUAUUAUUAUUAACAAAUUGUUUUGUUAUACCAAUAUUAGAGUUGAUGAUUUUUUAAAAAUAUUCUAAACAAUUAUAUGUACAACAUUUAUGAAAUAAUAAUUCAUGAUGCUUUAUUGAUGGAGUGUAACAAUAUUCCCAGACACGUAAUUCAUAACUUUUUUUAUCACUAUAUUAUGUAACAACAAAAAACCGUUAACACUUCUGAUAUAGUUGAAACCUUUUUAUUUUAAAGAAAUUACUCAAAUUAUGUAUAAGAGUUAACCUUCAAGAUUUCUAUUUGUAAUUCACAGGAAACUCCAUUGAUCGUUUCAAAUGAUGUUGACCUACUUUUAAUUGGAAGUUCCGGGAAUGGCAAGAGUGCUACUGGAAACGCCAUCUUAAGAGAAAAUGUCUUCCAAACUGCAGCAGGGACGUCUUCAAACGCCUCGAUUUCUGCAAAGAGCAGUUCAAAAUACAAUGACCAAACAAUUAAUGUGGUGGAUACUAGUGGUGUUGAUACGAAUGGCAAGAGCAAGCUAGAAGUCUUGGAAUUGUUCCUGAAAUCGAUCAAAGAAGCAUUAGAGCUCUGUGAAUACAGUUUUACAGCACUGCUCAUCGUCAUCAAAUUUGGUGCAAGAUUUACUCAGCACGAGAAAGAAACUAUUAAAAUUAUCCGUGGCGUCCUCGGCAAUGACGUCAUUCAGAAAUACGGCGUGUGUGUUGUUACUCAUGGUGAUAACUUUGAGUAUGAGAUGGCAGAAGUGGAAGAGAAGGCUAAUAUCCUGACCUUUGAGGAGUGGUGCCGUGCACAAGAAGGAGAAAUAGGAGACAUAUUUAAGGAAUGCAGCUUCAGAUGUGUCUUGUUCAACAACAGAUCCAAAGACGCAACCAAACGAAAUGAUCAACUUGAAAAACUACUUUCAUUAAUGAGUAACAAAGAAAAAUACACAAGAGAUCAGUUUCUGAAAGCAGAUGAAGGUCUGUCGAAAUUGACCCAGGAACUCUUCCUCCCUGAAGUAAUACAAAACACUAAUAAAAUGGUCAACGACAUGCGAUCUAAAAUGGUGACCAUGAAGUUCAGUUUUGAUUCUAAAAAUGACAAUGAAAAGGCGAAUGAAAUGCUAAGAGAUGUGAAUGAUUACAAAGAAUAUAUCCUAGCUGCUGGAUGGGAGGAUUCGGUACAAUCAAAAAUACUUGGUGUUAUUGAACCUCUAGAACUGGAGAUAAACUCAAAGCUGAGGCUGUGCAGCGCCAGUGUAAGCGAUGGAAGGCAAGCUCAUACUAGAAAACCGUUUUUAAAGUCUGUCUCUUUAGAUGAGGCUCAUUUCAGUAUGAAGCAUGAUUUAGUCAUGAAGACGACUGCCUUUGACCGUAAAAAGGUGAAAUUUUACUCGCCGUCUGAAACUAACGCAUUAAAGAAGACUAUUAAGAUAAAGCUAGAUAAUUUGAAACAUCUCUCGAGAUCUUUGACAGGUUCCACUGCCAGUGAAGAAAAUCCGUUUAAUCUGAAAAUAAAACGGCUAAAAGAGGAAUAUUCUGAAUUUUUGAAUUCACCCGAUGGGUCUGGAAUGCUUGAAGAAAUUACACAAUUUCAGUUUUUUAAACAACAACCAUGUAGAUCAACGCAUCAAAAAGAAACUUUGAAAUGGGAUGAAGUGCAAGGAACAUUAAAUACCUUGAAAUAUAUCUGGUCUUUUAUUUGGAAUUCUAGCCGUUAAAUUACUGGUCCUUUUAACUGUGAUUCAAUUGAGUGAUUUCUAAUUCACUUGUUUUUUAUUGAAAAUUUAAGACAGGGGUAUUGAUGGAUAGGCCAUGGUGUAAUAUAUGUAUAAAUAAAUAAAUACUUAAGUUGACCAGGCAAUCGCAUCUUUAAAAAAAAAAAAUCAGAGUUUGACAGCUAUUUUUUCCCCCUAACAAAUUAAAGCUUAUGCAUCAAACAGCUAGGGAAAAUGUAUAACCUAGGUAUGAAUAUGGCCUGAUAGUGCUGUAGUUUUUAUUGUG